UUAAAGAAGCUGCAAUUUUGCAGCGACGAUUGCGAAUAAUUCGCAAUCGACAAAAAUUUCCCCAUAAUGACCGGUACCAACUACUAUUAGUAGUUGGUUUGUACCGGUCACUUGACAAACAUUUGGAAGAGGACUCUGUCCCUGACUCGGGCUAUAUAAACACUGCACACUGUAGGUUUUUAUCAUUGCGACGAAGGCGGCGGGUGAGCUGAGAGUAUGAAAUGCGGCAUGAAAAUAACAGCCACCGACAACAAAGUGCGUGCAGAUUUGUUGUUGACGGUUGAAAAAAGUAACCCAAGUCAACGAACACCUUUUCUCCAGCAGCAGCAUUUACUUUACGGAGGGAGGUGCUCUUCAGUAUUUAAUUAUUAUUUAUUUUUAAAUGGAACAUUAGCCUGGAAGAUGCAGUUUUUAUAAGAAAAGUGACUCGUAACUGUUUAAAGUUUUUUUAAUCAAUCAUAAACCCUGAAAUAUUUAGUUAACUUUAAAAAAACUGGUGAUUGGAGAAGUCACUUCUCCAAUCAAAAUUUUAAACUAAAAUCGUCGUGCUGGACUGGAAGAAGGAGAAAAGGUAUUUGAAAGUUCCACAUAUCCAGACUGCUUCCGGUUUGUGAGAUGGAUUGGCCAAAUAUUGCUUUGGAUUGGGUCAAUUCACUUCGCCUAACUGAAAACCCUUUGCAAGCUAUUAAAGAACUUGGAGAUGGGAAAUUUCUGUGUGAAGUUUUGCAGAUUUUAUUUCACAAAACAGUCGACGUAAAAAACAAAGCACAAAUUUUUCACAUUCUAAAAAUUUCAUUGAAAGAUUCGUAUACUCCCCCCGAUUGGAUAAAUUUUGAAGAUGCGUACGAUAGCAAUGUGGAUGAACUACUUAAAAUUAUAACCGUUUUAAUUGGUGUCAGCAGUCUUCAGAGUGAAGAAAAGCUAUUUCUGGAAAACCCAUCCACCUACCUCAACACUGAUACACAAGUCGUGUUGACCAAGUUCCUCGAGUACGUUUUGGACAAUGGGAAAGUGGUCGACUCCAGAUUCAUUGCAAAUCUUGAAGAAAAAGAAAACAACAGUUCCCGUUCAAACAGAAGGACAAGAAAUGCCGCUCCCAAAGUAUUAUUUCCCACCAACACUACGGUGGCUGAAUCGCCUCACAUUUACGUCCUUUCUCCUUCGAAAGAUUGGAAUUCUCCUCAAAAAUCUCCCCUGCGAGAUUUUCUUUCCUCACCAGUAUUAGAAUCCGAUCGGUUACUAAUGUCGGAGAAAAAUAACGAAAUAUCCAACCUUCGAAACCGGAUAGAAGUUCUUACCGCUUGCCAACGGGACCUAAUGGAUGACAUAAAUUCAUAUCGAGAAGAGUCCUCUAAGCUAUCCCAACGUUGCGACGAAUUAGAAAAGGAAAAUCAUUCUUUGCGAGUUAAGUCUAAUUUGAACAAAACAUUCACUAUUGGAAGCCCCAGUAGUAGCGAAACGCCCGAGAAGACUAAAAAAUUCGCUAACAAUUUAAAAGAUAAAUUGAAAGUAUCGGAAAACUAUGUUGAUGUUUUGGAGUCAAAGAUUGACGAAGGAAACAACAAAAUUCUCAAGUUGGAGGAAGAUAUUGCCACGUUGAAGGAAAAUCUUCAGCAAGCCUCGUUACGUGAAGUAGAGAUGCUCAAAGAGUUGGAAAAUGACGAAAUAGAGAAAAAUAAUUUACGAUCUCAAAUUGAUAACACAAAUGAAAUUAUUAAGAAGCUUUCACAGGAGAUUGAAGACUGCAAAGACAGCCAACAGAUGAAUGGAAGCGAUAAUCAUUAUGGUGCCAAUGGGCUCAUGGGUUUAUCUAUUUGUGACAGCUUUGACACUUCCGUUUGCUCAAAAUCAUUAGGACUCAGUACUUGCGAGGAUAUGGCCUCAGCAGUUAUAGAAGUUCAGUUGAGAGAAACACAGACAACGCUUAAGGAUACUGAAACCACAUUAGGACAAACAAUGAAAAAACUUGAAGUUAUGGAAUCAAAAGCUAAAAAAAGAGAAGCGUGCAUGCAAGAGUUAGAAAUAAAAUUGCAAGAGAAGACUGAUUUGUUGCAAACAACAAGUGACACCUUAGGGAAUGUCGAACUCAAAUUAGAGGAAGCGUCAAAAUCUCUCCUCGUGAAGAACCAGAUUUUGUUGUCCACCGAGAUGAAAAUAGAAGAGAUGUCUAAUUUACUAGAUGAGAAAGCUGCAAGUUUGAAAUCGGCCGAGGUCAAAAUAGACGAGAUUUCCAACUUGCUCGACGAGAAGACCUCAAGUUUGAAAUCGGCCGAGGUCAAAAUAGACGAGAUUUCCAACUUGCUCGACGAGAAGACCUCAAGUUUGAAAACGGCCGAGGUCAAAAUAGACGAGAUUUCCAACUUGCUCGACGAGAAGACCUCAAGUUUGAAAUCGGCCGAGUUCAAAAUAAACGAGAUUUCCAACUUGCUCGACGAGAAGACCACCAGUUUGAAAUCGGCCGAGGUCAAAAUAGACGAGAUUUCCAACUUGCUCGACGAGAAGACCUCAAGUUUGAAAACGGCUGGGAUUAAAAUAGAAGAGAUGUCUAAUUUACUCGAGGAGAAAGCCACGAAGUUGGAUAGGGCCGAGGUCAAAAACGACGAGAUUUCCAACUUGCUCGACGAGAAGACCACCAGUUUGAAAUCGGCCGAGGUCAAAAUAGACGAGAUUUCCAACUUGGUCGAGGAGAAAGCCACGAAGUUGGAAAGGGCAGAGGUCAAAAUAGAUGAGAUUUCCAACUUGCUCGACGAGAAGACCUCAAGUUUGAAAACGGCCGAGGUCAAAAUAGACGAGAUUUCCAACUUGCUCGAGGAGAAGACCUCAAGUUUGAAAUCGGCCGAGGUCAAAAUAGACGAGAUUUCCAACUUGCUCGAGGAGAAAGCCACGAAGUUGGAAAGGGCAGAGGUCAAAAUAGACGAGAUUUCCAACGUGCUCGACGAGAAGACCACCAGUUUGAAAUCGGCCGAGGUGAAAAUAGACGAGAUUUCCAACUUGCUCGACGAAAACGACGAGAAGACCUCAAGUUUGAAAACGGCUGGGAUUAAA